GUCUUGAAAAGUGAGAGCGCAGAGAAAAGCUGAACAUUCACCUCAGACCUGUGCACGCUUCUGGUCCUUUGUUUCUGAUGGCGUGGAGCGGGGGCAGUAAGAUUUUACUCUGUUUAGGCCUUUUUGUGGUUGCUAGUUCAUUUUGCAGUUGUAGCCCUCUGACGAGGCUUAAGGCACUGGAUAAAUUAAAAGAAAACUCGAUGAUUAGCCAAGGAAGUGGUCUGCACCAUGGACGACUCCUCAUUGGGCAAAACUCGCUGGAAGGUGCAAAAGUCAGUGGAAUCUGGACCUCAAAGGACCUGCUGGAUUUGAAUGCUGAUUACCAAGAUGACAUUGGUUGGGCAGAGCCCAAACGAGCUAAAGGACAAGGUGACGACUCCUCAAGGCCAAAGCCAGCUGAUGCAGCGGUGGAACAACUCCUUAAACUGGAACCAAAGGUUGAAUGUACAGGAGACUCCAUGAAGCUUCAAAUCCAAGAUGCUGCCUCUACUCCUGGAUCCCUAUUCUUUGUGGACCGAGGAAGUAACCAGUCUCCACUUCCCCUGUCCAAGUUGCCGCAAAGCUGUGGUUACACAAUCAGGUCAACAAGGAGAGAUUUUGUCUUGGUUGCACCCUAUGAUGGUUGCUUUGUUGCUCAUGAGGAGGACAGCUAUGUUCUCCCCUUGCGUUGGUGGGGGUUACCGGUGAGGAUGUCAUGCCCUUUGAUGAGACCGUCUGCACCUAACCCUCCGAUGGUCACCUGCCACACUGAGGGCAUGGUUGUGAAAACUGAAUGGAUGAUCUCUGUUGCUAAAAUUAAAGUAAACUUGAAUGAUGUCUGGGAGCCUCUGAUGAGGGCCUCAGCCAAAUGUGGGUUCAGCGUAGUUGUACAUCCGGAUGGUGUGGUCAUCUCUGUUCGCUAUUCACCUUGCCUGAAGGAAAAGGAUGGUCUAUACACCCUGGAACUGGCUGGAGAUGGAGAAACCAAAAUUUCCUGCCCAUCACUGUCUGAAGCUGAACCCACAAAAAGCCCACCAAAUGAUCCAGAACCACAAACUGAAAUGCCAAGCAAAGGGGUACAUCACUUCACCCCAUCUCAUAAUUCUGGUUCACCUCUUGAUCAAACCUUUCCUCAGAAGCCAGAGGUACCUGCCAAAAAACCAAAUGAGAGGCCAAAGGAUAUUGCUCCACCUCAAAUGCCAUACUAUCCUUCGUACCCAAAUUUCUUCUACCCUUAUCGAGAUAUUAAACCUGUAACUGCUGCACAGCAACCGUCCUCUGCUAUAACCAAGACCACUGAAGUGCAGUCCACACAAACUGUCCUCCCAUCAAAACUGCCAAUGGCCCCUGAAGGACAAAUGCCCCAGCAAUUCCAUCCUUUUUAUGUCUGGCCAUCUCAACCUGAACAAGUGCCUGUUGAAAAAGAGACUCAAGUAGAUUCUCCAGCCACACAACCACCUAAUGGCAAAGUAGAAGACCUUUUUUAUCCAUACUACUUUAAACCCCCUAAUGCCAUUCCCGUACCGACACCUGAACCAUAUAUAACUACAUCUCCCCCGGCUAUCCAAAGUACGAAAGGCCAUAGACAACCGAUUUACUACCCUUUUCCAUAUAAACCGAAACCACCUAUGCAGCCACCAGUAACUAAACCAGCGGCAGAUAAAUUCCCUGAAUAUCUCCUUCCAAAUCCAAAUAACCACCCAUCUGGACCUCCUCAGAAACCUCAAGAACCACCUUCAAGCAAACCUGAGAACCAAGAAUAUAGCCCACAACCGGUACCCCCAGUUUCUCAGGAACCUCAUGGACAAAUGUACCAGCCGUUCUACCAAUACCCAUUUUACCCUCCAUUAUGGUCUCAAGGCCCUUACCAGCCACCAAUGCCACCCACAAAGCAAACCCCUACCCUGGCUCCAAAUGGCCAAGUAAAGCCUCUUAGCCCAUUGAACCCUGAGACAUCUAAACCCCAAAUCCCUGGGAAUGUGUCUCCCAGUAAACUACCUUCAGCUCCACAGAGCAAAGCGCCAUCACAACCUAAAGCUCCUGCAGGCAAAGUCCAACAGUACCUCUAUCCCUACUUCUACCAACCAAAGCCUGAAAAACAACCAGAUGAGAAGCCACAACCAUCUGAGGAACCAGGUGCUGAAAAACCUGCCCCAAUUGAACCCCCUCCAGCUGUCAGCCCUUCAGAAGGCAGAGUGUAUUACCCGUUUAACCUUUAUUACCCCCAGCAGCCUCAGCCAAUAACAUUACCCCCUGUUACCUUCACACAGACACCACCACCUAACAAUGAACCUAGUAAUGGUGGUAAAGUCCCCCAAGGUCCACAACCAGGCUCUCCAUAUAUGCCUCCUUUCUACUGCCCUCAAUUUUGCCCAUCUGGAAUUUCUAAUUGCUGCCCACAAAUUGCUUUUCAUCAACACCUGCAUCAUUUUGUUCCAGCUGGACCUGGCAGUGAAAAUGUUCCUCCAGUCUAUCCAGCACAGCAAUUUCUCUCUUCAUUGGGAUAUUCUGGGCUUGGCAAUGGAUUGGCUGAUCCCUCUCCAGAGGAAACAAUGGCAACAACAACAACACCUGCUGUAACUACUGAAUCUUCCACACCUGAGAAUGAACAACUGCCAUAUCUCCUGCCACCAGAUGGCAACAAUGCUGCGCCUGUUCUCAGUAUACCUGAAAAUCAGAUCCCAACCUACCCUUAUUUUGUACCCAAUCUAUAUCUACCACAAAGCCAGUCAGCAGUUAAUUACAAUGCUCCAGGUAAUGGGCACGCAAUUCCAUAUUAUCUACAGCCCCCAGAGUCGCAAAUGAGCCAAAUACUACCUGGAGACAUGAAGAAUCUGUCUUGGCCUGAUUUUAUGUCUUUUGUUGCUCAAUAUCAACAAGGGCUUUUGGCAAACCAGCAAAAUGAGCCCAGAGCCAGUGAACUACAGCCAUCUAAUGUGGAACCCAGUGAUUUUGAAGAGCCAAUGCAAGCUAAAUUCAAAAGUGUAGCUGAUCGCUUUCUUGUCCGGCACCCCAUGCUUCAAGAUGCAGAGGCACCUAUAAACUCCUCACAACAAUUUGUUAGUGCCUUUAAGAAAUCUACCAACAGUGAUCAGAUAAUUCAACCCAAUUCUCAAUCAAAGAGUUAUGUGCUGCUACAGCAGGGUCCACCAGGUCGGGAGCCUACCAGUUACAGUGAAGAGCUUCUUGUUGACGCAACCGUCCAGUCACAAAAUCUUAAACCCCAUCAGAAUUUGAAUCCCCUACAGGACAACCCCCAUAAACACCCAUUUGUCUCUGCAAAGGAUGGCUCUCAUUUUGCACCUUUGCCCAAGAACUCUUUCAAUACAGCACAAAUAAAUCCUGAAUUAUUAGAAAAAAUGUGGAAACUGAGUAGACCUCUGGGCUACGACGAAGGGAUUCCAGCCAGUGUUCCUGGAGAGGAAUUUCAAAGAUGGCGCUCAGCAGCUGACCAAAGGGACUGAACCUAUGCACCAAGAGAGGUGAAGAACAUCAGAAUCAGAAACUAGUUGUAUUCAAUUUGAAUAAAUGAUUGAAACAAUAC